AAGGAUAAGCCAGAGUUCCGCUUUGGCAUCUCUGACAUGGACGAUCUCAGUAUCCGAAGGAUGAUUCAGUGCAUGGCGGCUCUCCAGAAGAGGCAUUACAUCAUUAUGGAGCUCAGGGGCAACCUGAGCAAAGAGACGCGUAUGGCCUCUUUGGGCCAGUUCUUCGAUGCCUCUUUCAAGAAAAAAGCCUACGUGGUCAUGGGAACUCCAGAUGCAGACUUCAAGAAGAAGAACUUGGAGUUGAUGCUGAAGGAGAAGCAGGAGCAGUCGGAUGCCCAGUUCAAGAAGGAGAAGGAAGAGGCCGCCCGCAAAAAGGCUCUGGAGAAGAAACAGAAGGAGGCGGAGAAGGCCAAAAAGAAGGCGGAGAAGGAGCGCCAGAAGAAGUUGGAAGAGAUGAAGAAGGCGGCCGAGAAGGCCAAAAAGGAAGCCGAACGCAAGAAGGCUGAAGCCGAAGGCCGGCAGAUUGAGGAAGAGGAGGAGGAAACCAAGGAUGUUGAAAUGGAAGAAGAUGAGGUGGAAGAGGAGGAGGUCGAUGAAGUGGAAGUCGAUGAGGAAGCUCCUAAGGUUACAUUGACAGCUGAGGAGAAGAAGGUGACCUUCCGCAAGCUGCCCCUGCCGGAUAUUCCGGAGCAACUUCUCAACACCAGUUUCACGAAGUUCUCUUUGCCUGAGCUCGACGAAGGUUUUGACGACCUGCACUACGAGUGGAGUGCCAAGGGGCCCGCAGCUGCUCAGACCCUGCAGAAGUGGGUCCUGGAGCGAAAACUCACCAGUCGGGUGGAAGACUUGGCUCCUUCCAUGUGGUUCAAGACCAAGUGGGCGGCAUGGCAGAAGCUCUUCCAUCAGUGGCAGAGCAAGCAGAUGGAGUACCGCACCAAGGUCCAAAAGAAGGCCACCGAGAAAGCGCAGAAGGAGGCCAAGAAGCAGCAGGCACUGAAGCUCGCCGAGGCCAAAGCAGCUGCCGAAAAGGCCAAAAAGGAACAAGAGAAGGCUGAGGCAAAAGACGACGAGCCGAAGGAGGAAGAGGAAGUGAAGGCCGAGGAAGAGGAGAAGGUGGAUCCUAUGCAAGUGGAUGAAGAAGAGGAAGAGGAAGAGGAGGCCGUGGACUUCGAGGCUUUGGACAUCUUCGGUGUGGACGAGGUGGAUGACAUCGGCGGCGGCAUGCCGCUCUACAAGGACUUUGGCUCCGAGGAUUGGACGCUGAUGACCCUGUGCUUUGAGCUCCACCUCAUGUCACAUGCCUUCAAGAAGGACUGUGAUGACACGGAUCGCAAAGGCAUCAUCUUGGACCAUUUGGGUUUCUACUACAACCGUUACUACAGCAAGCCGCUCACGGCCAAGAGCUACGGCGUAGAGAACGAGCAGGAGCUCAUUGCGCUGGCCAAGGAUUGCGUCUUCGUCAACAAGGACAAGGUGAUGGAAUCUCUCCUGGAUGAGGAGAUCGAGUAUCCUCAGGUCUUCGUCAAGAUCUGUGAGGAGUCGCGCAGGCAUCGGGCGCUGCUGCUGGAUAUGGGCGACGAGAGCGCCAAGCUGAAGUUCUCGGGCGCCGCCAAGGGCAGCAUGACCUCCGCGGGAGGUGCCAAGGGCGCCGACUCCAAGGGUGCCAAGGGGCAGGCGAAGGGUGGCUUCGGCAAGGGCCCAAUGCCCGUGGGACCAAUGGGACCCCAGCAGAUGAACCCCAUGGCAGCCAUGGCCAACAUGGCCAACAUGGCCAUGAAGGGUGGUAAAGGUGGCUUCAUGCCCUUUGGAAAAGGGAAGACUUGGAAAGGCAAGUGACAGGUGGAGCUUUGAAAAAAAAACUCUGGCUCCGCACCGGUGGUGAAACGGCCGACCGCCCGGGGGCGCGAAGUUUUGGGUGGAGAGCCAUCGGUGCUGAUCUGACUCCAAGCUCAGUGCUUAAAGGGUCCCGUCUCUGGGUGCUGUUUUUGUUGAGGUGAUUCCUAGC